AUCUCUGGAAACAUGGCUACUGAACAUGUUAAUGGGAAUGGUACUGAAGAGCCCAUGGAUACUUCUUCUGCAGUUACCCAUUCUGAGCAUUUCCAGACAUUGCUUGAUGCUGGUUUACCACAGAAAGUUGCUGAAAAACUAGAUGAAAUUUACGUUGCAGGUUUAGUUGCACACAGUGAUCUAGAUGAAAGAGCUAUUGAAGCUUUAAAAGAAUUUAAUGAAGACGGUGCAUUGGCAGUACUUCAACAGUUUAAAGACAGUGAUCUCUCACAUGUUCAGAACAAAAGUGCCUUUUUAUGUGGAGUCAUGAAGACAUAUAGGCAGAGAGAAAAACAGGGGACCAAAGUGGCCGAUUCUAGCAAAGGACCAGAUGAGGCAAAAAUUAAGGCACUCUUGGAAAGGACAAGCUACACACUUGAUGUGACCACCGGGCAGAGGAAAUAUGGGGGACCCCCUCCAGAUUCAGUAUAUUCAGGACAACAGCCCUCUGUUGGCACAGAGAUAUUUGUGGGAAAGAUUCCAAGAGAUCUAUUUGAAGAUGAACUUGUUCCAUUAUUUGAAAAAGCUGGACCUAUUUGGGAUCUGCGCUUAAUGAUGGAUCCCCUUACUGGUCUAAAUAGAGGAUAUGCUUUUGUAACUUUCUGUACAAAAGAAGCAGCUCAGGAGGCUGUUAAACUGUAUAAUAAUCAUGAAAUUCGCUCUGGAAAACACAUUGGUGUUUGCAUCUCAGUUGCAAAUAAUAGACUUUUUGUUGGGUCUAUUCCCAAAAGUAAAACAAAGGAGCAGAUUCUUGAAGAAUUUAGCAAAGUAACAGAGGGCCUUACAGAUGUCAUUUUGUACCACCAACCGGAUGAUAAGAAAAAGAACAGAGGUUUUUGUUUCCUUGAAUAUGAAGAUCACAAAACUGCUGCUCAGGCCAGGCGUAGGUUAAUGAGUGGCAAAGUGAAAGUCUGGGGAAAUGUGGGCACGGUUGAAUGGGCUGAUCCUAUAGAAGAUCCAGAUCCUGAAGUCAUGGCAAAGGUGAAAGUGCUAUUUGUACGUAACCUUGCCAAUACCGUAACAGAGGAAAUUUUAGAAAAAGCAUUUAGUCAGUUUGGGAAACUGGAACGAGUGAAGAAACUAAAGGAUUAUGCAUUCAUUCAUUUUGAUGAGAGAGAUGGUGCUGUAAAGGCAAUGGAAGAAAUGAAUGGCAAAGACUUAGAAGGAGAAAAUAUUGAAAUUGUUUUUGCUAAGCCACCAGAUCAAAAAAGGAAAGAACGCAAAGCUCAGAGGCAAGCAGCUAAAAAUCAAAUGUAUGAUGAUUACUACUAUUAUGGUCCGCCUCACAUGCCCCCUCCAACGAGAGGUCGAGGCCGUGGAGGUAGAGGUGGUUAUGGAUAUCCUCCAGAUUAUUAUGGAUAUGAAGAUUAUUAUGAUUAUUAUGGAUAUGAUUACCAUAACUAUCGUGGUGGAUAUGAAGAUCCAUACUAUGGUUAUGAAGAUUUUCAAGUUGGAGCUAGAGGAAGGGGUGGUAGAGGAGCAAGGGGUGCUGCUCCUUCCAGAGGUCGCGGGGCUGCUCCUCCCCGUGGCAGAGCCGGUUAUUCACAGAGAGGUGGUCCUGGAUCAGCAAGAGGCGUUCGUGGUGCGAGAGGAGGUGCCCAACAACAAAGAGGCCGCGGGGUACGUGGUGCGAGGGGUGGCCGCGGUGGAAAUGUAGGAGGAAAGCGCAAAGCUGAUGGGUACAACCAGCCAGAUUCCAAGCGGCGCCAGACCAAUAAUCAGAACUGGGGCUCCCAACCCAUUGCUCAGCAACCGCUCCAAGCAGGGAAAAGGGGUCGAGGCCGGUCCUGACCUGUUACAAUGAAGACUGACUUGCUAUGUGGGAUUACACCAGAAGCUUGCAGUGGAGUAAUGGUAAGGAAAUCAAGCAACCUUAAGUAUCUCGGCUGUAUAGGAGCAUAUUCUAUUGCAGAAGACCUUCCUAUGAAGAUCAUGGAAUCAAAAUACGGGACAUUGAACUAAUACUUGGACUUUGAUAUGAAUUUCUUUAACAGUUUUCUCUGCAGUGCAAGUUAUUAAAACUAAAGCUACUCUAUUUUCCCAAUGUGUUCAAACAAAAUCCUUCAUAACUUCCAGCAUGGUAUCUUAAUAAAGAAUAAAGUUCUCUUUAAAAAAUCUGCUCUAAGUAGAUUUUUCCCCCCCCAUGGUUUUUUUUUUAAAUUAAGGAUUCCAAAAGUGGUAUUUUGAAACAUUCUUUUGAAUUUGUGCAUUUAAAUUUUAUUGCAGUGGUAUAGAUUAAUGCCACCAUUGGUAUCCUUAAAUUUAUUUCUGCUCACAAAGGUUAAUCAUGAUUGUCUAUAUCUUUUUUAUAGUAAUCACUUUUGAAUUGUGUUCGGAUACAGCAGUUUCAGGUGUAAUCAUCAAAGCUGGUUAGUCAGGCAUUCCAGAUAGUGGUUCUUUUCAGAACCUUUUUUAAAGGGUUGGUUAACUACCUCAGUAGCAGAGGAUUGAACUAUACCCUGUCUGUACUGUACAUAGAAAAUCUUUGUAGAUAAAAGCAAGGCUUGUUUAUAUGAUAUGAGGGUAAGAUUAUAAUAUACCAAAUGUAACAUUCUUAGUUGCCUUUAGUUUCAGAGGCUUGUAAGACUUCCUCAUGACCAUCAUAACAGGCCUUGCUUUUGUCGUAUUUUGUGGCUGAAAAAGCAGCCUUGCUUCUUCAGAUAUUGUAGUUAUUUGGAUGUAUAAUAGUUUAGCAAGAUGUUACUUUUGUAAGACAUCAGAUGUUCAAAAAAGUGCAUCCGCAACUUGUACUAAAUACUGCAGUGUCCCUUUAUAAAAAGUCAGACUAAAACUGACAGUUGUACAGUGAAGCCUGACAUUUGGAUAUUUUGAAGUUUUUCAUAAAUCAUAGAAAAUAGUAUAUGGCUGUAGUUUAGCUUUUUAGGUAAAAGGUAUGUUUUCAUUAGUGCAUUUCUUACAGCUGAUCUCUGCAAAAACCAGAAUCAGCUUUCCAUUUCUUAUGCAGAUCAUGAUAACCUAUAGAGUAGAGUACAAUCAUUUGUGCUAUGUUUUUAAUUUUCUAAAGCACCUUGAUGACAGUGAGUGUUCAGUGGUGAAGCAUCCUCUUGAAUCACCCUCAAAAGAAAAAUAAAACCCUGCCAAGUCCUAUUUAGUUAAAGGUAAACGUGAAAUUAUAAUUUAAUUAGGACUUGCUAUAAAGAGCUUCCCUUUUCCCCUUUCCCCAAAGGGAUACUGCAGUUAUACCACAUACCCAAUAGGCACCACAAUGAAGAUCAGAGCUUAUACUUAAGGUUUUAUACACACCAGUUCCCCAGUAAAUGCAAAUUUAACAAGAAAAAUUAGACAUGUCAUAUGUUCAAAAUGCUCAUGGCAAACAAUCAUUUUGCAUUCCUGCAAAUAAAAUUGUUUUAUACUGUAAGCUGGAGGCGAGUGUAACUUAUUUUUGUAAUAAAGUUUUUAUUUUUUUUAUGUGUCAUUAAUAUAAAUGUGUGUUAGUACAGAGAUCUUCUGGUUUAAAAACUUAGAAUUGCACACAUUUCAGUAUGUUUACUUGUACUUACAUAAUUUUUAGAAUAGUGGUUGCCAAUAGCCUGUAUGUUUCACAUUAAUUGAUUUUUUUUAUGUUAUCUUAAUAAACCAUUUUAGUAUGUUGUAUGUCAAUUACUGGGAUAGCUGGGACAUAAAGUGUAAUUUUAAAUUGUCAAUAAGUAUUCGUUGGAAUAUAUGUAAAUGUGCCUUGCCGGUUAUUGAAACUAACCUAGAAAAUGAGUGGGUGGCAAAAUUAGUUCCUGGUGCUUAAUGAAACACUUUUCCUGCCACUAAUUUUAUAUAUAUUGCCCCGUGCUUUUUAAAAAUUCAUCAUUUUCUCUCAAAACUUAGUGUAAGUUUGAGGGCUACAUCAAUAAUUGUUACAUUCUAACAUGAUAGAUAGUAUAUUAGGUUUAUGGAAAGUGAGUGAACUAGAUGUAGCCUUCAUAUCUGAUUCUUAAUGUAAUCCUUGGUGCUAGCACUUACAGUGCCAGGGAGUUAAAUUAUCCCAUGAAAGAGGUUAUUGCCAUGCCUUAUUGGCACUUUACUGUCAUAUGGUUUAAAGGGACACUGUCAAGAUGUUAAGUUAAAUUUCAACUAUAGAAUUAUUUGGUCCUGGGGUUUUGGGAAGGAUCAAUGUCAUUAAAUCUUCUCAAUGCCAAGAAAUUUGAGAGUGAACACUUUUGUAGGCUCUCAAAAGUGUUCUUAAGUGAACAGUUUACUGGGUUGUCAAGACAAUUUGGCAUUCUUUGUUUGGGCAAGAGGGGAGGGCAAACUGAUCCUUAUAAAGGGACUCAGAAUCGGUGACUAAAAGCAUUUUCUCACUGAUAACGUAAACGGUGGUUUUAGAUUAAGAUGUAUAUAUAUGUGUGUGUGUGUGUGUGUGUGUGUAUACAUACAUAUAUAUGCAUAUAUAUACACACAUAAAAUUGAAAUUACUUGACAGUGUUCAUUUGAAUAACUGAAUUCAAGCCAUUAUAUCUUACUUUUAAAAUUAAAUAUGAUUUGCACUGUUCUGAUAUGGGUGCAGUUUUUGAGCAAUAUAAUCAGAGCUAAAUAUGCAUGUGGUAACUAGUGAUAAUGUGAACAUUGACGUUCUAAGAAGUAUUAACCAUGGUAUUUUCAAACAAAUUUAUAGUAAAAUUGGUUUCAAUUACUAAUCAAAAGAUUAAGGAAAACAGGCAAUGCAUAUAUAAACAUAGUUUGAUUGUUACAUGACCUAUAAAGCAAUAAUGCUAUAUAUCUGGAAUGUGAUGGGAAUAUGAGUAUUGGAAAUGCAAGUUUCUAAUCUUUUAGUAUAAAUGUCAACAUGUCAAGGGAAUUGUUCAAUAAUGUAGGUUAUUGCUAUUUGUGAUUUUGUUCAUGGGUUCUUGGCUUUGACAGUCUCAAAAAUGGACAAUGAUUGAAAUUCUGUCUAUACAGACAAGGAAAAAAGGGGUAUAUCUCCCUUAAAAAAUUACCUUCUUAAAGGACUCUUGCCAAAUUUGAAAUAAGGUGAGGUCUUGUUUCUAGAGAAUAGAUGAAAUCUAAAACAAUCAAAAAUUUAAUUUAUUUUUACUGGAAAGUUGCCUACUUUUUCAGAACAAAUUCUGAAUAAUAUCCAUGUUUGUUCCCAAAGUUAUUGUUAAAACUUGAAAGAAAUUCCAACUACUACUUGAACCAAGUGAAUUAAAAAGAGUAAGGAAAAGUGACAAAAUUAAAAUUAUUGAAAUAUAAAUCAUGACGAUUUUUGUACAGCCAUCAAGAAACCUAAGUACUGACUAAAACAGCAAUUCUGUUGUCUAAAAGUCAGUUUCUCUAAGUUGUCUGGACACAUGAAAUGGGAGAGAUAGAAGAGUUUAGUGUGAAGAAACUUGGUUUACAAAAUUUAUAAUUAUUUGGUAUAAUACACGUGAUGUUAGGUGACAGAAUUAUAGGGCUUCCACUACUUGGAGAACAUCAUUUUGUCUGCCAAUAAUGGCACUUAAUCUAUUAAUCCCCAACAGUUUUGAACCAUCCAUCACAUUGUGGGAGGUAGUUAGGUCUAUUUUUGUAAUUGUUGAAGGGAUAAAUACAACCUCUUAAUGUUGUGAUGGGGAAAUGUUAAUGGCCUGGAGAAAGAAAAAAUUUUGGCCUUAAAGAAUAUAAAACCAUAGUCUCCAAGAAAAUUCUUCGGUAGCUACAGACUGCAUUACUCUUAACAUUUGUCUGACCUGCACCAUUUGAGUUCAGUGGUGGAUGUGGAAUUGGUGAGUAACUAAGUAGUUUACAAUUUAGAUAUGCAAUAGUAAUAAAAUCAUGGGAUGGUGUUUUAAAGUGUGGCCUCAAUGGUAAAUUGAUCCAUAUUUUUCUUGCUAUUCAGUGGGAUAUGCCACUAACUUUCCAAAGACUGUUCAGCAUCAGUGUUGACCUGUGAAGUAACAAAUCCCUGUUCCAUGCUAAAAGUAUAGAUGUAUUUCUCUAAUAGGUACUUACAAAAGUAGAAUUGACCAUUCUUGAUACAGUACAUCCUCUCACUAGGAACUCAAGUGUCCCUAACAUUUAUUCUUAGCCUUAGAAACAUUGAUAGGCAACCGUUUUUUAAAAAGUGUGGUAUUAUAACCAAAAUUUGGGACUAAGAAUAAACUCUUUGAUAGUAAUCAUUUAGUGAAAACUCUUGAUUAUCAAACAAUGAGAAACAAAAAAUUUGUAUUUGAAUAUAUUUUUUAUUUCAGAAACAAUCACUUCUCAUUCUGAAGUGGUAAUUUCUAGUUAAUUGUAAGGGUAACUGGAUUUUUUUUCCUUGAUUCCCUAUUACCACCCUUCCCUCCAAUAUAAAAUCUUUGAAUUCAAUCUAGUCAGUUUUGGGAUUUUUUGAUUUGAAUUAGAUGUGUUAAAAGUACUGUCUUCUGCCAAAAAUCCUCAAAAUUACCUGUUCUUUUAAAUUUAGUGGGUUUGUGCUUGUUUUGAGACCAGUUUAACAGAAAACAAAACAAAACAACAAAAAAAAGACCUUGUACUAUUCUGUACUGCCUCUCUGAUGUUAAGAGUUUGUGUAUAGCAUAAGGAAGCUAGCUCUGACUAUAUUUUCCUAAGAAUAAAGACCUAUUUUUGUAGCAUGUCUUAGAGACCUUGAAGAGUCUAAGAAUUAUUGUGGGUGUCCAUUUCAUCUUCUUUCUUUUAACAGCUUUUUAAUAGACUUGUGAAAUAUUUAGUGUUCUUGCCCUUUUCUUACCCAAAGUAAAAAUCUUUCUAGGAAUUACCCCAUUUCUAGUUUAUUUUAGGGCUACAAUUACUGGGAUGUACUUCUUAAUUUUAUGUGCAGAAGAAAAAAUUCUGCAGUUAAGUACAUUCCUAUGGAUUUUGAUGGAGAAAUCAUGGUAAUUUGGUUCAUUUCUGCUUUUCUAGGAACAUGUCCCAGCAUGCAGUAUUCCUCCAUUCUCUGUCUCUAGCAAAUACAUUUCCCCUGAAGAUUUGGAUGUGAGAGGUUGAGGUUGCCAGGAAUUCUGGAGAGGGAAAUGAACAUCAAUCUGCUUAAAUAUUAUGCUUCACAGUUAGAUGACUGUGCAAAUGAGGCUAGGUAGGUGAACUCAGCUUAAAAUGCAUUUAUUAAGCUGAAUUGGUCAAGAAUAAUUAAAAGAAUGAGGAACUUAAAUAUUGCUUUUGCUAUAUGUGGGGAUAAACUAGGGGGUAAUAGGGCUUAUGUAUCCAACUUAGUGGUUCUCAAAAGUUUUUUUUGAUUGCUAAGAUAAAAGUAGUCAGCUAUUAUUAGAAAUAUCCUCCAGAAUUUGAGAGUCAAUGAUUCUACUUUUGAUGUUUUAUCAGUGAUAUUAUAUAUGUAAUCUCCUAAAUAUAAAUUAAUUGCUCAAUUUAAGACACAGCUAGUGUCAUUGUUAUAAGCAAUAAUAAUCAUGGGGGUGGGGGUGGGGAAUAUCUGUAUUGCCCAGAUCCAUUUUUUGAGAACCAAUGCCCUAUUUUAUCUAGAACCACGCUGGAUUAAAUGCUACAUAGUGCCUUACUUCAAGAACCAGACUAUUGAAUAAAAUGGGUUGCUGAAUUAGAAGUUUGAUUGAUUUAAAAGCCAUUAUGGCAAAUAGUUGUCUUUUGUCAUAUCAAGUGGUUUUCUUUUUAUAAGGUUCUUUGUGAUAUAAAUCUAAUAGGAUUCUGACACCAAUUGAAUAACUUAAGAUACGAUAGGAGUGAGGACAGAUAUCUAUAACUUGCUAUGUGAGUUUCUUUUGUAUCUUUUGACCAAAAAUUCUGCACCAUAUCUAUAGGUGUACUUUCAAACUUUGGAGGGCAGUUUUUGGAAAAGCUGCUACCUACCACUUAUGUAAUGAUCAUGAAUUGUCAUUUCUUGCCUCUUUUAGGCUUGUCAGCUGAACUUUGAAAAGAGAGCUGAUUUUCGUGCUUCGAGGUUUCAACUUUGGAGAGAAUUUUAGGACACCUAAGGGAAUUGGCACCUCCAUUCAGUUAUGAACUGCAGCCAACUCUUUCAGGGCAAAAAGGGUGUGGAUUCUUAAACACCACAGAUAACUGAGAGGAAGUGAGCAAAUUAGAACCCAAUUCACAAAAUAUUAAAAUAUAGAAAGCAAUUGGGUGAAUAAUCUUAUUGAAGUGAGACAGGUGGCUUUUUUGUUAAUCUAAGAAGAGUGUGUGAAACACUGAAGUGGAGUUGUAAAAUGGAAAAUUUAAGAACGUGCAUACCUGGAAAGUAUUUGAGAUAUUUGCUCUCUGAAUUAGUCCAUGCUGGAGAUACUAAUGGAAAUGGCAAAAGCAAAUACUUUGAUAAUCCACAAAGUGGAUCAUUCAUCUUUCCAUAAGUAAUUAAAAAUGGCUCUUAAUAGCAUUGUGUUUCAUGCUUAUAUUGGACCUCUUUACAAUGAUUUUAAUUCAUAUCUUAAUCUAUUUAGGGGGGGUUGUAAAAAUAUGCUUUGUGGUUGAUGGUAGUCUAUUUGGAUGCAAUAAAUUUGUAUCAGUCUUUUAUUCUAUAACCACAUAAAAGGAAAAGACAUUUGUUUUUUUCAUAUUUUAGUGACUUAGACCAUAUCAAUGUCUCUUCAACGAGGAGAGAUUUCUUUUUAGAAUGUUUCAAUAUGUUGUAAAUCAUUUAGUGUGUCUACAAUCUUAACUGGAAUUUUCUUUACCUAAAUUCCCUUUAAAAAGAUAUAUUUUUUAGUUAUCCCAAAUUCUCUUUUGUUAACAUUUCUAUUUAUUUCUCAAGUUAUAUUCUUCAUUUUAAAAGUGUUUAGGAGAAACCACAGGAAUCCACCAGCUGACUUCAGAUCAUACAGUGAAAUUAUAUUAGAUCUUGGCAAGAUUCACUCUCUAAAUCUUGUCUAUUGUGAUAUAAUUCUGUCUUAGUAAAAUCCACUUUAAAUUUACUUUUUGUUUUUUUGAAAACAAGAUAAUUGCAAGCUAAAAAGUAUCUACAGAAUUUGAAUAAGCUAUAAGAGCUUUCUUUGGAAAACACUUAUGGAAUGAUAGCAGGUAUCUUUAAAUCUUACAAAUUUGAUUAGUACAAAUAUAAAACCAGGCAGUUGACAUCUAUUAGAGUUACCCAAUUUUUAUUUUUUUAUUUUCAUUUUUUUUUGUAUAGAGUGAGCCUGUGUUGCUUGCUUGUCAGAAUUGUCACUUCACUUUAUUUUAUUGUCUUGUGUCUCUUGUUUUAUUGCUCACUUUAUUUCAUUUGUUCUUUUCUCAGUUCCAGCUUUUACUUCCCUCUUUCUGUAUGUUUUGUCAUCUUUAGAAUGUAAGCUCCUGGAGGGCAGGGAAAUUCUUUGUAUGUGUUGUAUGUGGUGCUAGGCACUCAAUAAAUGUUAAAUUUUUAAAAUAUAAAGACAUUUCUAACCCAAUUCACAA